UCUAGUGUAUUUGUGUUAAUGCCCUAUCAGUACUUUUUUUUAUUGUUAUUCCUCAACUCUUCGUUCAAUUAUGAUGAAGGUUAUUUUCUUUUGUUUGUACGUGUCUCUUUGCAUACAUUGUAGCAAAGGAAACCUAAACAUACCAAAGAAAGUGGCCGUGUCAGCAGUCAUAGCGUUUGGAGACUCCGUGCUGGAUCAGGGGAACAAUAACUAUUUCACAUCUGUGAUUAAGGCUAAUUUCCCCCCUUGCGGAAGAGAUUUUUCAGGUGGUAUACCAACAGGAAGGUUCUGCAAUGGGAAAACACUCGCUGAUGUUUUUGCCGCCAGAUUUGGAGUAAAGGAGUAUCUUCCAGCAUAUCUAGACCCUCACAUACAGGACAAAGAUCUUCAAACUGGAGUUAGUUUUGCUUCUGGUGGCUCUGGAUAUGACCCUCUAACACCCAUAAUAACGUCUUCUAUACCACUAUCGGUUCAAUUGGGCUUCUUCAAACAAUACAUAGGGAGGCUCAAGAAAAACAUUGGGGAAGAAGCUGCAAAUGCUACAAUUACCAACAGCAUGUUUCUUGUUUCAUCGAGUAGCAACGAUUUUCUCUCAAAUUACUUUACUGUUUCCACUAGAAGAUUGCAUUAUGAUGUCCCUGCAUAUGUUAAUAUGUUGGUAGACUUAGCCGUCACCUUUGUACAGGAAAUACAAAAACUGGGAGCAAGAAAAAUAGCUGUCCUUGGCGCACCACCACUCGGAUGUACACCAAUUGGGAGAACGAUAGGUGCAGGAGUACAAAGAAGUUGUGUAGACAAGUUCAAUAAAGCGGCAGAGUUGUUUAACAACAUGCUAAAACAACAGUUGCAAUUACUUUCAACUAGUCUUCCUCAGUCCAGGGUUGCCUUCAUUGAUUUGUACACGCCUUUUAUAAAUAUCGUUAAAAACCCUCAGCAAUACGGCUUGGAAGUUACGGAGAGAGGCUGUUGUGGAUCUGGAACGAUAGAGUACAGUUUUCUGUGUAACAAGCUCAUUCCUUCAUGCUUCAAUGACUCUAAGUUCUUAUACUGGGAUAGUAUCCACCUGACAGAGAUUGGAUAUAGCAUCUACGCCGACCAUGUUCUACCAGAUUUGGUGAAAAAUUUGUUCUAAGAUAUUCCGAAUUUCGUUGGUGAGAUAAACCUUUGGUGUGGAAAUUAUAGACUUCUCUUAUGAAUAAAGCGAUACAACUCCCUCUAGUUUGAUGAAGUUGUUUUACUUCUUAGAAGUAAAAAAAAUGUAAUUUUAGCUUGUUAGAUCGGCUGUGUAACCCAUUAGCAUGCUAAGUUAUACUUUGUAACAAUAU